AUGGCUAGAGAGCACAAAAAUUCCUUGGUCAAAACUCCUUUCACUAAUGAUGUGUAUCUGGUUGAGAGGUCCAAGAAAUUUACCAUGCCUUCUUUUACCCUGUUUGAUGGAACGAGGGAUCCUUCUCGACACCUAGAUCAUUACGCCCAAAAGAUGGCUUUGGAUUAUCGUAAUGACCCUUGGAUAUGCAGAGUUUUUCCUACCAGCUUGACAAGAGCAGCACUAGAAUGGUUCAGGAAUAGGCCGCAUAAGUCCAUCCCGGAUUACGUAACUCUGUACACCAUGUUCCGGGCACAAUAUUGCAGAAAUAAGAAGCAAAAGAAAAGUAUUACCAGCCUCUUCACCGUAAGGCAAAAGAAGGGGGAAACAUUGCAGGAUUUCUUAUCUAGAUUCAACAUGGAAGCUUCGGAAAUAGCAGAUUAUCAUCCCGCGACUGCUAUAGAAACAUUUAAACUUGUGAUGAUUAAGGGGACGAAGUUCCACACUUCCUUGGUCAAAUAUUCUCCUCUCGACAUACAGACUCUCAAUGCCAAGGCCCAAAUCUACAUUCGGCUUGAGGAAAAUAUAGCCCACCGAGCACAGCAUGCCACCCUCGUGACAGUGGAGAAUAAGCCUCGAGAAAGAAUUCCAAAUUCAAAGAUUCAGAAAAGCCAACGUGCCUCAACGCCGAUCGCCCAGGCACCUGAGAAGAGGCAAAGGAUAAAGGAAGGGUUUACACCUCUCCGAACUACCUUGGCUCGGCUCUUCCAAGAGAAUAAGAUGAAGUUCACAACCCCGCAGCCAAUAAAGCAACCGCUGGAGCAAAGGGAUAAAAGUAAACAUUGCACUUAUCAUCGAGAUUAUGGGCAUUCAACCAGUGAUUGCAGAUUCCUUAGGCGACAAGUGGAAAAUAUGAUAGCCAGAGGAGAGUUGGCGGACUACCUCAUAACAAAGGAGUAUGCAAAGCCCCGCGAGGUCUAUCCUCACAAGGUAGAAGGUACGCAAGUAAAGGUCAUUCAUGCAAUACAUGGCAGGUCUGAAGAUGAUCAAGAGUCCAAGGGGGUAUACAGAUCCAGAUUAAGGGCAGCCCAUAAACUCAGGAAGAUAUCCUUAGUUAAUGCUAUCGCUUUGGGUAACAUCAGUAUUGGAUUUGGAGAUGGCGACCUAUCCAGGGUUCAACUCCCCUACGAGGAUCCAUUGGUCAUCAGUCUUUUAGUGGCCAAUUGUAUGAUCAAGAGGGUUUUGAUAGACCCAGGAAGUAGUGCCAACAUCAUCACAAAGAUGAUCUUUGAGCAGCUAGAGAUCCCGUCAUCAUAUAUCUGA